AUGGUGGGUAUGGGCCAGAAGGAUAGCUACGUCGGCGAUGAGGCCCAGUCGAAACGUGGUAUUCUGACCCUGAAGUACCCCAUCGAGCACGGCAUCGUGACCAACUGGGAUGACAUGGAGAAGAUCUGGCAUCACACCUUCUACAACGAG